UGCUCUUUCUGAUGUUUCACCUAAGGUUCAAAAAUUGCUCUGUGACAUGGGUUUGGAGACGUUGCCUCUUGCAAUGGUGAUGACUGAGAUUCGCAAGUGCAGGAAUAUUAAGGAGGCGACGAAGGAGAAGGUGUCUCAAAAUGCAAAUAUGGUGAACCCAAUUAAUGAUGCGGUUUGUACCCCGGCUGGAAACGCUUCAGUGAAGGCUAAAGGAAAGAAGAUCUUCCGUCGAGGUUUCCGGUUAUUGGUCAGGUUGGAGGCUCAAGGCAUCCUUAAAGGAGGCUAUCUGAAUGCGGGCAUUUCUUUUCGUGAACCUGAAUUGGUAGACGUUGGCUCCUCCUCCUCCUCCUCUAUUGAAGAUGAAGAUUGGGAGUCCAUGGACUUGACUGAAGCUCGAGAUGGGGUCGAUCCGUCUGGACCAGCUUUUCCAUCCGGGUGCAAUUAUGGGGCCAAUCAUCUCCUCUAUGCAGAUGAAACCGUUAUCUUUUGCGAGGCUUUGGUCCCAACGGCAACGUCCAUCAAGCACAGCAACAUCAUUGACGACUUCUACAGGGUGAUAGGUCAAAAACUUAAUUGCAACAAGGGCAAUGUUAUGCUCUUCAAGGUCAAUACAAGUCUGAGAGCUCAAGUGCUUGAUACACUUCAGUUCAAGUUAGGGGACCUUCCUGCCAGAUAUCUUGGACUUCUCUCCUUCAUGGGCGUCUGAGGCAUCUACUCUGCCACAGUCUUUUUUGGGAAGACCAUCGGUCGGAUUGGCUCUUGGCAAGCAUUAUCUUUUCGUCGCAGGGCAACUUCAACUCUUACGAUCAGUACUUGGUGCCUUUUCCAUUUAAUGGUUGCUCUCCUUCUACCACCCUAGCCUUGCAAUAUGAUUGAAAGACUCCAGCUUAACUUCAUGUGGACAAGGACUUCAGAGAAUAGGGGCUUGCACUUGGUGAGCUAGGAUACCAUAUGUCGAAAACCUAAUGAAGGAGGGCCUCGGGAUUUGUAAACUUCAUGACUUCAAUAUGGCAGGCAUGAUGAAGCUUGCUUGGAGAAUCAUCUCCAAACCCUCCUCUCUCUUGUCCCAGUUCUUCAAGCACAAAUACUUCCACCACAACGGUCCGGUCGGUGCACGAUAAGAGUUGCUCACAUGCUUGGAGGGGUGUAGCCUUAGGUUUGAAUAGAUUGUAAGUUAAUGUAAGAUGGAUAUGUGUUGGUGGCGAGCUGAUUGAUUUAUGGGCUGACUUGUGGCUAUCAAAUUCCUCCUUAUGGGAGAUGCAUGGCGCCAAUGUUCACAAGGCACUUGGCAACCAGGUAAGGUUCAAGGUCUCAGACUACAUGGAGGGUACACCACAAAGAUGGACUCUCCCGACACCUACCUUCGGCCCACUCAUUCACGCCUGGGAGGAGAAUUAUUCACAUGUGCUCCCUAUUCGUCCCUCUCAAGAUCAGCUGCCUAGAUACGUUCAGCUAAUGACAAGCUCUCAGUGAAUGCGCCAAUACAACCAGCAUUCAGAUCCCUAAGGACAACCCCAUCCCACCAUAGAGGGAAGUGGUUUACUCGGUUGCCCUGCACUCUCAACUGCCUAGCAUGAGCCUGCUCUAGUCUAUGGGCCUUUCCUUGGUCACCAUAUGCCCAUUUUGCCUCCAAGAAGAGGAUUCCACUAACCAUAUCAUAAUGUCAUGCGUGUUUUUGCAGGUACUCUGGAUAUCCAUACUUUGGAGAUUUGGAAAAUGCAUACCACUCGAGCAAUUUGUUAUCAUGAUGAUGGUAAAAUGGCUGAAAUUCCAGUUCAAAUCCAAUGGCAUGAAGAAUGUCUGGUUCUCCUCCACCACUGUCUAGUACCUGUGGGCCGAGCGUAAUGAGCGUAUCCAUGGCGGGAGGACUUCUUGGAAGCAUCUCCUACAGUGCAUCAUCCACUUUGUCAGCAAGCUAGCAGAAGGGAAGGGUUGGGCUUUUCACCCCUCAGAGCAACAUAUCACCACAAACCUUAAGCUCAAGUGACA